AAUCAGACAUGAAGAUGAAGGCUCUGGUGAGAUCUCUCCUCUUGCUCGCUGUGGCUAACCUGCUGGUCAGAGGUCAGACCCAGACUGAGACCAGGUAUGAAGACAUCAUCACAGCUGCUUCAAAUCAGCUGCUUCCUAUGGAAGAGCAGGCUUUCCAUCCGCUUCUGAACCAGCUGGAAGUCGAGACUUUGAAUACAGAGGAUGUGGACCAGUCUGAGGUGUCUGUAAGGUUGAGCUUCCCCCUGCAGGAGACGCUCUGCAGUAAGGCACAGGGGCAGCGAGGCCAACCAUGCCCUCUGAAGAAAAAUGGGAAACGAAUGAUGUGCAGCAUGGAGGUCAGACAUCCGAUUCUGGAGAUUGGCAACACCCUCAACACUGACCGGUCUGACAUUUCUUGUGAAUACAUGGAGGCAGAAGUUCAGAAGAUUCGGACAAGAAGAGGCAAGGACAGCGGAGGCCCUAAGAUGGGUAGAAAAGAUUCCAAGGGGGGUUGGAGAGGUCGUCCUGGGAGUGGCUCUCGUCCUGGGUUUGGCUCCGGCAUUGCUGGAGCUAGCGGAGUAAACCAUGUUGGAACUCUCCCUGCAUCGAACAGCACAACACACCCUUUGGAUAACUGCAAGAUAUCUCCCCAAUAAAAUAAACUUCAAAAGCACUCAAAGUUCUUGUUAAUGGGUGAACAUGAAACCUUGAGCUUCUUUAAAAAAAUGCUUCUGGUAACUCUUUUGUCUACAUUAUGAAUUGUUUUGUAUUUUGUAGCUAUCAUUGUUUGUAAUAAUGUACCUAUUCUUACAUGCCAAUCUUUGAAUUUUAACUACCGAAAAUUAUUUCCAGUUCAUGUUUACUGCACUAAUAAACUGCAAAAUAAGUUUUCAAAAGA